AUGGUCAAGCUUACCGAGGUCGAGGACGAGCACUUCACGGACAAGCCCACCCCCAGCAAGCACGAUGCUCUGCUGGUGUCCGAUGACGAGGAAGGACUACACCGACACUGCCCCUGCUCUGUCUGCCUCCGGGUCUCGCGAGUCGCAUCGCGUCAUGAACGAGAUUGCAUUUGUUUUGUCCAAACGAAGACUGGCGACUCGAUGGUGUCUUGCCUAUCCGAUCCAGGCCUAGCCGGCAAGAUUCGCGAAUCAGAGAUCUCCAACGAGUCCGAUGAUGAGGUCGAGGAGGAAUCCAUCUACGACCGUCUCUCCGCCUUGAAAGACAUUGUUCCCCCCUCCGCCCGCCGUACCGUCACCAGCUCCGUCUCCACGCUCACAAACUUCAGCAAGGCCAGUCUGUCCUUCAGUGGCAAGGCUCUGUGGAUUAUUAGCACCAGUGCCUUCCUGAUCGGUGUCCCGUGGGCGCUGGCAUAUGCCGAGGAGGAGCAGUACAUUCAGAUGGAGCGUGAGCAGGGCAUGAUUAAGGGUGCCAAUGAGCUACCGGGAUGGGGUGGUUGGGGUCGCACUGUGGAUGACCCGCUCGAAAAAAUGGUUGCUCAAGGUGUUCUCCGCCAAGUUGAGACUUAA